AUGAAGUCUAAAGAAGGUGCCGAAGUACAAAGCACCGACAAUUUAAUCGAGGCCAUGGAUGAGAGCUUGAAUACCUCUAAAAAGGAAGAAACUCCCUUCAAAUUCAUGACUUUCUUCCGAACUAAAUCUAACCAAGAAUCAAAUGAAAACGAAGAAAAAUUGGAAUCCAAAAAUUCAGAUAAUACUGAUUUAACUCAAACUGAUUCACAAAAUGACGUAAUACAAAUCGAAGUAUUUGAUACGGCUGUAUAUCCAGAACAACUGAAUCAUUCUAUGUUAUGUACAUUACAUUACAUGAAGUAUAGAGAAGCAAUUAGAAGAUAUACUGGAGAGUUUAAAAACUGUCCAUAUGCAGUUUGUAUAGGACAUAUUUUCAUGGUAAUUUGUGUAAUUCUUACCACGUCGUUGGUUUCUCAGCAUUUUGACCCUACAGACCCUGGUACCAUCAGAGGGAAUACUCACAAGAGUUGGUAUUCACUAUAUAUUGAUAACUUGAAUAACUUAAGUCUUAUCAUUUUUAUCGGUUCCACAGUGUUUUCAGUAGUAAAUUUAUACAUUUGUAUUCACCCAAACACCUUUUCUAAAAUCGUCAGCCUCAGUAAAAUAACUGUUAAAAUUUACUUCAUCUUGUACCCAGUUUUAAUGAUUUAUAAUUAUUCCAUGAACUCAUCUCUGCAGGAAAGUUCAGGCCAGGAUAAUCUUAGAGCUGUUUUCAAUAUUAGAGCCUAUAACAUAUUUGGGAUAUUUUUCUACGAUACCAUUUUCCUUACCGUUUACACAAUUUUAAUCCUCUUUUUUAAUUUAAUUGCGUUUAUUUAUCGCUUCUUUUACCCGCACUUGUUACUUACGAUCAUUAAUGAGGAUGUUAAAACCUUCAAGGUUACAGGCUUUGAGGAAAUGAGUUUAAAUGCACCAAAUAUGGGCGCAAAUAAUCUUAAUACUGGGAAAAUCCCAGCGUACAAAGUUACUCUCACUAGAUUUAAGAAGCCCAACUCUAUUUACUAUUCUUUCAAGUGUUUUAUUGACUUUUUGCACUUUAAAAAAAGAGGCAGUUAUGACUCCUUUCAAUAUGUUGGACAACUAAAUUCUGAAUUUAAACCUCAUGGUUUUGGUUUCUGGAAUUCACCGAAUUAUCACGGUGAAUUAUUAAUGGGUUUCUGGGAAUCAGGAUUACCUUUAUCACCAUUUAAGAGCAGGGAAGUGGGUACUAACGCCGGAUUUUCAAAUGUUAUAAUUGGCUGGGUCAGAUAUGAAGGUGGUGAGAGCGAUGUAGGAUUAGGAGUAGCGGCAGCUGAAUGUUGUGUUUCAGGCCCAUUUUUCAGGACAUAUCCAAGGAUUUUACGUUUCUUCACAGUGCCUGAAACUGAUGGGAAACGAGGAGGAAGAGUUUUAAAAUAUCUGGGGGCAAAUACAUUUUUCAAUUACAACAAAUUUCACCUAAUGAAGAAAACAAGUUCAAUUAGUGAGUCAUCAAAUAAUUCUGAGAUGCUCGGAGAUAUCCUAACACCAAAAGGUCACAACACUAAUAAAAAUAAGAAGAACAUUUUGACAAAAUUAUUUACAAACAAAGGUUACGUAUUUCGUGAGCGUAUGGAUAGUAAGUAUUAUUGUACGGAUAGUCACAUAGUAAUGAGUUUGAACCAUGUAUCAAAUGACAUUGUCGGUUAUCGGUACGGAAACAUUGAUUCAUAUCUCAAUGGUAAGAAAAACCCAUACUUUAACGUGCUUAAAAAUGUACACAUUCGUGACAUUUUCCAGGAUAUAAAUGAGCUUUUUGGUAUUAAGGAACCCGGCAUACCUCUGACCACUUUUGUAAAUUGUAUGGAGUGCUUGAUAAGUGCUCUAACUCUUCAUACACCUAAUUUUACACCUCUGGAUUCAAGUAAUUUGAACAUUUCCGUAGAUGACAAUAAGGGAAUUAAUAUUAACGGGUAUGUACAAAACCCCAAAAUUAACCGUGACGGUUUACAUGAAUUUGUAACUGAUUAUUGUAAAUCUGUAAAGAUAGUAUUAAACACUACUAAAACUGAGAGUCACAAACCUGCUAAAGUUUUGGAUUCACUGAACCAAGGACUAGAUAGUAGGAUUAACCGUGCUAAAAAUUACAAUAUAUUAUCGGUUGAUGGUUGGGUCAGAAAGGAGGAAGUUAGGGCUUUAGAGGCUUGGAUUUAUAUUCACGGUUUUAAUGUCAAGUGUUCUGAUUCUUUAGGUAUAUUUGCACAAAUUAUUUCCUUUGGAAACUAUCCUCAAUACAUUAAACCGUUUGUAUUCAGUUGGCCCUCAGGAAACAAAUUAACUCAGUUUAAAGAGGCGAUUGUGAGUAGCACCUGCCCAAAAACUGUUGAUACUUUUAUCCGAAUGCUACAGGCUCUUUUGGUAAACAAUAUUCAUGACGUACACAUUAUGGCACAUUCCAUGGGUGCGACCAUGUUCCUAGGCGCUUUUACUCAGAUUUUAAACUCGAAAGAAUAUUCUGACUUAUUUUUACCACUCAGUGAAAAUCGCAAUUCCUCCCAUCCGAAACUUAAAAUCCUUACCGUUACUUUUCUUAAUCCUUUUUAUCCUGUCCAGGAUUUUAUUCAAAAUGAUUAUCCCAGACUUAAAUUAUAUUGCAGUCACAUUACCAUUUAUUCUGAUAUCAACGAUAAGGCAUUGAAAAUAGCUGAAUUAAUAACUGGCAAGAAGAGGUUGGGUAGAUGUGUAAAUGAUUUGUAUACACUUGAGGAGCCAGUAGACUCCUCUUUAGAGAAGCGGUGUACGCUUGGUAGUAUAAUGCUACCAUUUACUCUAGAAGAAGUAAAGACUCUAAAGAAAAAUAAGAAGCACAAUCGGGAAAUUAUUGAGACUAGGAAAAAGAAACACUGGCUUGAUGUUGAUGUUAUUGACACCACUUGCUUAGGAUCUAAUGUACAUGCUCUCAGACAUUCUUAUUGGUUCCUCAACAGAGAAGUUAUCGAAGAUCUCAGGGAUUUGAUAGUCAAUCGUAAAAGAGCACAAGAUAGAACUAGUAGAUUAGAUAGAAGUUUGGGUAAUACUUGGGUCUAUAGAGUAGCACCUUCAAAUUUGGAUACUUUAUUCGAAACACUGUUCUAA